GUCCAUCAGUGUCAGCUGUCAGUGCUCAUCAGUGCCUCGUGCCAGUGCCCAUCAGUGCCACCCAUCAGUGCCAGUCAGUGCCACCUAUCAAUACCUAUCAGUGAUGCCAAUCAGUGCCACCUAUCAGUGCCAGUCAGUGCUGCCUAUCAGUGCCGCCUAUCAGUGCGCUUCAGUGCCGCCUGUCAGUGUCGCCUAACAGUGCCAGUCAGUGCCACCUAACAGUGCUAGUCAAUGCCGCCUAUCAGUGCUGCCUAUCAGUG